AUGUCUUCAGAAAAUGGUGCUUUCUUCGCAGCUUCAUAUCCAAGUUCAAGACAUUCAUCUCUGCUUUUAUCACGUGGGAAAAAUAGGAAUGUAAAUUUUCCUCCUAGGAAAAGGAUUUGUGUACCUACCACUUCUGAAAAUUUUGAGCAAAGGAAUCAUCCUUCCAUUGAUAUCCUUCUUGAUGAAUGCCUCUUUCAGGUGUUCAAAUGUCUUCUCAGUGGAAAAGAGAGAAGUGUAUGUGUUUGUGUUUACAAGCGUUGGCUUACACUUUUAAGCAACAUUCAUAAGGAUAACAUUAUAGAAUCUAAGGGUAUAGAAGGUGAGGGAACUCUUGUCAGGUCUCUUGUUUGUAGGGAGGCCAUAGAUGUCAGACUUGCUGCUAUUGCCGUUGGAGCUUCUAAUAAUGGAAAUUUGAAAAAGCUAUUUAUUCGGGGAGACACUUUUUGUCAUGGUGUGAAUGAUGGCUUAUCAGAGAUUACUCAUGGGUGUCAUCUGUUAAAGAACCUUUAUCUUUUCAAAUGCCCAAAAAUUACCGACAAUUCUUUUUUAGACAUUGCAAAGAACUGUACUCGCUUGAACUGCUUGACCAUAGAUUCUUGUUCAAAUAUUGGGAAUAAGUCUCCCAAAGAUGUCGGUCAAUAUUGUCCGAACCUGAACCACGUCGUACUUAAAAAUUGUCCACUCAUUGGGGAUAAAGGAAUUGAAGAUCUCUUUUGUUCAACCGGUUUUCUUUUAACCGAAGUAGAGCUCCAUGAACUACACAUUAGCGACAUUUCUAUAAAAGUUAUUUCACAAUAUGGAGUUGCAUUGACAAGUCUAGCUGUUGGUGAACUUCGAAGAGUAAUAGUGAGGAAUUUCUGGGUCAUGGGCAUUGGUCAGUGUCUGCAUAAGUUGAAGGCCCUUCCAAUAAGUGCUUGCAGUGGAGUCAAUGAUUUGGGUCUUCAUGUUAUAUGUAAAGCUUGCCCAAAUUUAAAGCUAUUUUAUGUCCAAAAAAGUGUCGUAUUGUCAAAUAAUGGAUGGGUUUCUUGUGUCAAAGCUUUAGUGUUACUUCAGAAACUUCGAUUAGAGGAAUGCCACUUGAUUACCCAGGCUGGAUUUUUUAGUAUACUUUUGAACUGUGGUAAAAAACUGAAGAUUCUUUCCUUAGUGAAGUGUUUCGGUGUGAAUGACUCAAUCAAUGCAGUUCCUUCAAAGGCUCCUUCUUGUAACUCACUGAUACGUGAUUUUGAACCUUCCUUGGAGAACUGUUUAAACCCUUACCAGUCUCUGGUUCACUUUAAAGGUCGUAACAAUGACUUGUGGAGUGUCAUUGAUCCUAUCUCAUUGGAUAACAUUGAUCAUAGUAAUGAUUGGUUGGUUGGGAAUAUGGACAUUAAUAUGGAAGCAAAUGAUGAUUUGGUGUUUGGUGAUGACAACUAG